AUGGGUAGCGCUGAGUCUAGGGGCGGGCUGAGGGUCCAUCAAAUAUUCCCUUCCGGCCCUGCUCAUUCGGCCGGAUUGGAAGUAUUUUUUGAUUAUAUAAUAACUGCAAAUGAAGAAAAUGUUGCGGAUGAAUCGCCACAAGCAUUCGCUCGUUUUGUGGAAAUUGUAACCUUAAGCGAAAACGAUCGCCUCGUCCUAGGUGUUUAUAAUGCUUUAACUAACAACAUAAGGAACGUGAUUGUCCAUCCUGCAAAGUGGCAUGGAGAGGGUUUACUUGGUGCCCGAGUAAUUUAUGACGAAUUUAAUGCAUUAUUCCAGGGCAACAGGGUGUUAGCAGUUGUGCCAAAUUCCCCAGCGUCCAAGGCAGGCUUGGUUGCCACUUCGGAUUACAUUAUCGCAAGCACGACCGAAUUGCUGAUUGACCAAGAUAGUUUAUGCGAGGCAAUAGCCGCCAGUAAGGGGAUAUUAGAAUUACUGGUUUAUAGUUCAACGACCGAAUCCAUUAGGCAUGUGACAGUACAAUUGGAAGCUCAAAUAUACGCAAUCGGUUGCGACCUUGGCAAUGGUUUUUUGCAUCAAAUACCUCGAGCCAGAAUGCCAUGGUCCAAUGCACACGGCAAUUUAGAACUUGAAAAUAGUGAUUAUUGCGAUAAUACUUUCGUAGAAGAUGGACUUUAUCCCUCUUUCAUCCCACAUGUAACCAAAAGUAACUCCCCUCGUGAAAACCAACACCAUGUAUUGGGCAACGAAGAUUACAUCCUAGAACAGUGA